AUGAAGACUGCUGUAUAUUGGGCUUUCACGGCUACACUCGCUCCGAUCAUCAGUGGACUAUCGAUACCAUCGAAACGCGAUGGAUUGAAAGUGGUCGGCUUGGAGACUCAGAGGGUUACGGCACCCCGGGAUCCGCUCGAGAGGCUCAUGCUGAGGAAAAGAGGAACCAUCGAGACCGGCCUGGACAAUCUGAAAACAUUAUACCUCAUCAACGCAACCGUCGGCACUCCAGCAAAGACGCUGAGAUUGCACAUUGACACCGGCAGCAGCGACCUCUGGGUUAACACCCCUGACUCCAACUUCUGCUCCAUGAAUACGAAACCAUGCGGCGACGCCGGAACCUACUCGGCCAACGCGUCGUCCACCUACCAGUACGUCGCCAGCAAUUUCAACAUAUCGUACGUCGACGGCACCGGCGCAACCGGGGAUUACGUCUCGGACACGGUCACCAUCAGCUCGCAGAAACUCGACCGCCUCCAGUUCGGCAUCGGCUACUCGAGUUCCAAUGCCCAAGGCAUCCUGGGGAUCGGCUACCCCUUCAAUGAAGUCCAAGUCGGCCGGGCCGGCCUGGGCACCUACCACAACCUUCCCGCCCAGCUCGCCGCCGACGGCGUAAUCCAGUCCAACGCCUACAGCAUCUGGCUGAACGGCCUGGAUGCCAACACGGGCCACAUCCUCUUCGGCGGCGUCGACUCAGAAAAAUACGUCGCCCCGCUCCGGUCGCUCCCCGUCGAGUCCGCAUCGGGCCUCUACGCCGAGUUCAUGAUCACGCUCACCCGGCUCCAGCUCGACAACAAGACGCUCGGCGGCGACAACCUCGCCAUCGCCGUCCUCCUCGACACGGGCACGUCCCUCACCUACCUGCCCGACAGCAUCGUGCACGAGAUUUACUCGACCGUCGGCGCCGUCUUCGACCCGGACGCAAACGCAGCCUACGUCCCCUGCUCCAUGGCCCGCCGCGACGACCGCACCGGCGGUGGCGGCCCGCGCCUCCUCCACUUCACCUUCUCGGAACCCACCAUUUCCGUGGCCAUCGACGAGCUCGUCCUCGACAUCGUUUCGCCCAGCACGACGACAAUCGCGCAUUGGUUCAGCAGCGGCAACGGCAACGACGGCGCCAGUUCCAGCGUCUGCCUGUUUGGCAUCUCGCCCGCGAGGAAAGGAGGCACCUAUGUGCUGGGGGAUACCUUUCUGAGGUCGGCGUACACCGUGUAUGAUCUCGAGAACAAUAUUGUCGCGCUCGCGCAGACGAGGUUCAAUGCUACUGCUGCGAGUAGUGUCGCUGAGAUUGGGAAGGGGCCGGCGGGCAGCAACAUACCGGGGGCGACGGCCGUGAGGAACCCGGUCAGGGCGACGGAGGGGUGGAGAGGGCUGCAUGCGGCCCCGUCGGGGGGAAGCUCCUCUUCGAAGUCGGCUGCGGUGAGGGCACUGAGCUGGGGAGGGAGUAGCGGUGUAAUGGUUGCUGUUGGGGUGGCGGUUGCGGUGGGGGUGAUAGUUGGUUAA